AUGGCGAUAUUUCAAAGACAUUUCAAACAACGCGUUCACUUUUCAACGCUUUUUAAUAACUGCAAUCCAGCGUUGAAAGCCAUAUUGAAGCAGUUGGCAACUACUACAACAACUACUACUACCGCUAGAUACCCAACUACAAGCCACAACAACUACAGCAGCUACGACUUCAAAAAGAUGAACCAAGCAGCCAACAUUGAACGAGCUGCAAGACCAGCACGGUUAAAUUUUGGGCCCCUAUGCAUUGUUUUGAUGUAUACCCUGCUGAGUCUCUGCUUCUACAUAACAUGUCGCAAACUUAUUUUCGUAGAAGGGGCUGACCCUACCUGGGUGGUUUUCAUAUUCUCAGUGUCAGUCUUUCUGCUCGUGUUACUGUGUGUUUCGCACUAUAAGGCUGCUUCUUGCAAUGAGAACUACGUCAGCAGACUAGAUUUCAGGGAAGAGAUCAAUCGAAUAAUGAGAAGAACAGCCUAUGAUAGUUCAAUAACCAUCCAUCGUUGUCUCAUCUGCACCGGCUUCAAAUCCUAUCGAACGCACCACUGCAGCGUAUGUAAAAAGUGUGUCUACAAAAUGGACCAUCAUUGCACAUGGAUCGGUAACUGCGUUGGCCUCUACAACCUAAAGUAUUUCAUGCUACUUAACUUAUACACGAUGCUUCUUUCGUACAUAACCAAUGCUCUCCUCGUCGGAAAACUCAAGCCAAUAAUUCUGGAACUAUCUAAAACAAAUGCCGAUAUAACUGCCCAUCUUUACGAUAAUUAUAUAGCGGAGCUUUUUCUUGGAUUUUUCAAUAUUCCAAUGACGGUUUUGUGCUUCUUUGUCUUGGGGAAGCAAAUAUUCUGCAUCUAUUACGAUAUAACCGCAUAUUUGUUUAUGACGUCACCGUGA